AUGUUUCGUUUAUUCUCAAGAAUCUCUAACGCGUUAGACUCAAAAAUCAUUGAAAACCUGCAUCUGGCGAUCUCAGAUCUCGACUCGGAUGGCUUCGACGCUGAGAAAUGUGUGCCCGCUUUUGCGGCAUUUCUCCGUGAAUUCAUCACAUGGGAUCUCACGAAAUCUCCAGAAAGAUCACAAAAUAUCCUUUAUUGCUUCAUGAAUUAUCUUAAAAAUCCACAAAUUUUGAAAGAAAUUUGUGUGGAAAUUCUGAAAACUCAGAAGGCGGUGGCGGUGAAAGUGGCGGUGGAGAGAAUGAUCGAAGAAAACUGGACGCUGUCGCACGAGGAAUGUCGAGAAGUCUGGAAGAAGAUAAAAGAUUCGAAAAUCGAUAAAAAUUCUGAAAAUUCCACAGAAAACUCGAAAAUUCUGAGAGUUUCUGGAACUCCUAAUCGAUUUUUGCGCACUUUGCUGUUGGAUUCCAUGGGAAAUUCGACGAAAUUUGGAGCUGAUUUCUUGAAUGAAUUGGCGGUGGUGGCACCAUUUCAUCCGUUAAUUACUGCGGAAACCUCCGGAACUUCCUUCCUCACCCCUCAUGUCUUCUCCGAUGAGUACCGUUUCCGUCUAGAAAUCGAAGAAUUCAUUCAAUUCCUCCAUCCCUCAUCUCCAUACCAAAAAGAGCAAGCCCGUGUGAUGCUCCACGUUUUCCAAGGAAUCUGUGAGAGAAUGAUGAGAAUCAAGGCGCUUCGAAGUGAAGAUAUCGAGCCAAUGGUGGACUUUUGGCUCGCCGCGAUUCGAAUUUUCGAUGGAUUUGGAAUCGGAAUGAGUGAUAUCCAAGAGGCAGCGAAGAUGAUAGAGAAGACGUCGGAAAGAUUCGAGAUUCAGCGACGGCCACUGUUUUUAAAAAGGUUUUUGCGGAAAAUUUGUGAAGUGAAAGACUCAAAUUGCGGAAUGGAGCCACAAAUCGUCGCAACGAUAAUCACCACGUUCCAGCGAGGUGCUUUCAGUCUCCGCUCUUCAGAAUUCUACGAAGAACUCGGUGAAUUCUGGACGCUUUGCUUAAAAGUGAAGUAUGACGAUGUCUACUACUCUACUGUCUUCUACUCGGCGGUUUUCGCGUUGGCGCAGGCGCAAGCUGUGUUCAAAGUGAAACGAGAGUUGUGUCGAGCUGUUUAUAAGGAGAUUUUGCAACCGAUGCACCGACAAAUUGUCGAUUUUAAGAAGCUGAAAGAGGUGGAGAUGAAUAAAGCGAGGAGCGAUGAGGAGGUCAUGGUUUUGGAGGAGAAGAAUCUGGGAGCAAGCUAUUUUUCGAUUUUGACGUGUACUUAUAGAAAUGCCGAGGAACGAAUUCUUGAGUUUAUUAAAUAA